GGCCUAUGCUUGUCUAGUCAGACAGGUACACCGCGAAGACACCAUGCGCGGAUAUCGUUGCGACUGUGUGCCGGAUCCCUCUUAAAAGUCUCUCGAAACUGUCGAGUUUUGUUUGCGGCAAAGACGUAAGCAUGACUGACAAACGAUGUGUGACAUGGAAAUUGAAAGUCGAAUCCAGCUCUACGAUUUUCUAUUCAAAAAUUUGACAAUGGUGUGAAGAACGACAGCCCGGUGACCGAUGGAGUAUGAUGGAGUUGCGUGAGCCUUGACUCUCGAGGUGCAGUUGCGUUUGCAGGCAUGAUGUUGGUCGGAGAGAGGGGCCGUUGACAGCACAGAUUUCCUUCUGUCCGCUCCGCCCUGCCCUGCUCUGUGCUGAUAAUGUGGUCUCCCAAUGAAUUUCGAAGAGGAGCUUCACAAGCCUCCUGCCUCUUUACGCUCAAGUCGGGGUAUUCCUCACUGCCUCCGAGCCUCCUCACAAGCGUCGUGAUGACUGCGACCCUUUGCCUCUUAUCCCCACCGCGUUAUGAACUGCAACCAUGGUUGGUCGUUGGCGGUAGAAGGUGUUGCUCCCCAAAAGCCCCAUUGGCGCAUCUUUGGACGGGAAGCAGGGAUGUAGACGUUAGGAAGUGCUUGGAGAUUCGUCGGUGAUUGUGCUGCCAGUGUGCACUGUUGGGUUGCCAUAGAGGAGACGGUGGGAUCAGAUCAAAAGCAGCGGUAUCCAUAGGGAUGUCAAGCCCAAAAGGCGGCCAGUGCUGGCUGGUUGGAUUAGUAGGUCAAACGCUUCCAUUUCCGUGGCUCAUACUGAAGAGUUUGUUGUCUUUCCUUUACUGUGCAUGUUGGUACGGAUCAUUAUUCCCAUUAGCUUUUUCGGUGCGAUCAGAUCUUGGGCGACUGUGUGGAAUGCGUGGAUCAUGCUUUUGGGCCGUGUUUGGACUGAUGCUCAACGCCGCCAACCGCCAGCCGGUGGUUCCCAGGUUGUUGAAGUCUCCGGUGCCAUGCCAUGAGGUAAUGUAGUAUUAAAGAGGCAAGAACAACCAGAGUGAAGUUUAAAGCCUGUAUCAGGGCCCGUUUAGGGGACCCAUCUGGUCUGCAAUAUUCGAACUUUCUGACGUAUUGCAGCAGCCAAAGGGCGUGGGAUUUCGGAGCAAACCAACGUGAUGAUGACCAGGUCGCGUUUCCUCGAAUUAAGGUAAGAUGUGCAGGGCUUUCUUUUGUCAGCACGGAGCCCCGAUAUGUCAGGCUGCCGCUGCGUCUGCUGGUUUGCC